AUGCCCCUGGCGCCCGCAGCGCGCCAACCCACGAGAAGAAACCCGGCAGCACGUCGGGGCGCCCGCACGGGCUUGACCGAUGCCGGGACGGGCGGUCGUUACUCCCCUCGCUAUCUCCGGUCCCUCGCGGCGUCGUCCGGCCACGUCGAGAUAGCCAUCGCGUCCCCCGCUCCCGCGUUCUCACUUCUCUCGUCCUCGGAGCCUCUCGCCGGUCGCCAGCCCUGCGCGGACCGCCUGUUCGACAGCAUCCUGGCCGUGCGCGGCAUCAGCAACGAGAUGACCUCGCUGGUCGCCAGGGCCGGCAAGUUCCUGGACAAGCUGCUGGCGCGCUGCCAGACGGCGCGCUCCGGCAAGACGUUCUGGUCCGUGGGCGGCGGGGGCGCGCCGGGGCUGGUGGAGGCGAGCCCCGAGGACCGCGAGUGGGUCGGGCCGGACCCCCUAGAACUCGCCGGCCCGACGAGAGCCGAGGGCGCCUCGGCGGAAGACGAGGACAGCAUCACGUCGUCCAUCCUGGCCGAGUGCACGGCCUCCGAGGGCCGCGUGGCGGCGGGCGAGGGCGAGGGCGAGGGCGAGGGCGAGGGCGAGGACGGCGAGGGGGCGUCGUGCGACCUGCCCCUGCGCAAGAUGUCGCGCCACGCCGCGCCCCAGGAGCUCGAGUUCCCCGUGCGCACGCCGCCGCUCGCCUACAGGAGCCGGCUGGACGGCAUCGCGGAGGAGACCCCGUCGGCGCUGGACGUGAUCCGCAGCUGCAUCGAGGAGACGUGCCGGCGCGCCGAGUGCGAGAUGCGAGCCAUCGAGGCGGAGGCGGCGGCGUCGUCCAGCGACCACCGCGAGGCGCGCGACGCCGAGUUGGAGUACGAGCGGCUGCUGCUGCUGCAGCAGGAGGAGGAGGAGCAGGAGGUCAGGGGUCGUCCCGCCCCCGCCGCGGAGACCCCCGGCGACUGCUCGCUGUCGCCGUCCUUCCUCGGCCUCUUCGCCGAGUCGGAGGCGUCCUCCGACGAGACGGUCACGUCCACGGAGAGCUCGCUGAACACCGAGGACGAGGGUCGCCCCAGCUCCGUGGCCAAGUCGGCGGUGCUGGUGCUGAAGAAGAGGCUGGCGGCGCACGGGUUCAAGGCCAGCUUCAGGCUGACUCCCCCCAGGCCGGGGGCCGCCUCGCCCCUGCACGUCUGCCACUGCGCCGUCGACGGACUGGACGUUUCGACCACGGGCUGUGCUCGAAGCAAGAAAUGCGCCAGGAACGAGGCUGCGGCCAAGAUGCUGGAGCUGCUGUCUCAGAAGGCGGACGACAAGACUCUGCCCCACGGGCUGACGACGUUCACGCCGCAAGAGCUGGACGAGGUGUCUGCGCUGGCGGGCCCGACUCGCGAGCUGCACAGCUCGACCGGCCGGCUGCGCUGUCUGUGCGCCGAGCUGCAGCGAGACCCGCCCAAGUACAGCUCGCUGGCGCGCGCCGAGGGCGCCACCACGUUCAUCGUGCACUGCCAGGCCCUGGGCUUCAACGCCGUCGGUUCUGCAAACAAGAAGAAUAAAGCAAAACGAAUCGCAUCAAAGAAAAUAUUGAGCCAGUACAACCUUUCGCUGGAGAACACGUCAUAACAAUGUAACCUACCUAUACUAUUCACAUAAACUACUCAUAUAUUUAUUCUCAGUUGAAAA